AGAAUGUUUAGCACCAUCCGACAAUGCCAAGAGCUCGUGGAAGGUUUCAACGGGCAUCAAACAACGAUGCUUGCCCUGGGUGACUCUGGGGAGGCAUUCAAUCUUCAGGACUAUGCUGACAAGUAUACUGAGGCUAGAGACGCAUACAUCACGGCGGCUGAGGCCCUCAAGCUGGCCACUGGUCCCUACCAGGCUGCACGCGAUGCCUAUGUUGCUGCUACUGCCACCUACACCAAGGACAUGUACGCUUAGAGAGGGUUGUUUUUAGUCGGUGCCAACCUACUGGUAUUCUCAUUGACACCCCUAGAGUGAAUACAGUGGUAAAUCCACGG